AUAAUAUCAGUUACGUCUUACGUGUACACACUGAACAACGAUAGCGUUUAGUGCAUAGCCGAGAAAGUCUCUCUCACGACACAACUGUUAUUUUGGAUUGUAACUGCAUUUACCAGUUGUACCAAAACCUGUGUCGAAGACGAUCUAAAUCCGAACAGAAAAAGAUAUUCAUUUUUCCAAUCCGCACAUAGAAUUUCGCUCAAAAUGUCAGAUAUGAACGAACUUAGGAAGGUCUUUGAAGAGACGCAAGUGCAAAUGAUGCAAGACCAGCAGAAGAUUCGAUAUGUGGAGAGCCACAUGGAGGUUAAACAACGUAACAUUCGGAAGACACAAUUAACGGCACAAGAACUAACCAGCAUGCACAAAGACACAAAGUGCUACACGGCCGUGGGACGACUGUUCAUCAAUCAAGACACAAAAACCAUCACUGACGGGCUCAAGGAGCAAGAGCUGGUACAUCAAACAGAGCGAAAAAAUCUAGAGCAACAAAAAAAAUAUCUGGAGAAGUCAUUGAAGGAGAAAGAAUACGCGAUGAAUGAAUUACUUAUGCAGCGGGCGAGGAUGCAGGCUGGCCAGUAAAUUUAUUAGUAGCGCACAUGAACGAAAUAAAAUGUACAUAUCUUCUUGAA